UGUUCAUCGAAACAAUUAUCAUCGUUAUUUUAACAAGUGAUACAGAGAAACAACAGAUACUGAAUAAAAAUGUGGUUACAUAUAAAGUGUGACAAAUUAGAGAGAAAAUAUGGUCUUCAUUUUGUCUUUUUAAAAAAUCACUGAAUAUACGUCACCAUAGAGCUGCAAAGUGAUUAAAGUAUUGUGAAGACGUUACACUAAUUCACUUUAUAGAAAUCCGUCCUCAAAAACAUCGAGGCUACAUGAUAGCAUGCUAAAUAGUUAUAUGUAAUCUACGCGCUAAUUUCCUAACUGACGUAACUGUAACAUUAGCAAUACGGCUAGAUAAUCGAAUCUUUAUGUCAUGUAAAGGCUAAAAUCUACGAGUUCCGAAUUUUUCAUGAUAUACUUCUUUAAUAAUCUUUAUCUCAAUCAUAAACACGCUGAAAAUGGCCGCAUGUGUGGUAGUAAUUUCCGAUACUAACCAAUUGCUUUACUUGAGAACUGCCGAGUGUCCUGAUCCUUUGUUCUACCACUUUAAAGCACAUUCUGCUUUGGAUGUUAUCGAAGACAAAUUAUCCAAACGUACAACUUCUGGUGGUAAUCACGAUCAACUAGAACAAUACCUGGGACUCCUAUAUCCAAUGGAGGACCACAGAAUUUAUGGUUAUGUGACUAAUACAAAGAUCAAAUUUAUCAUGAUUUUUGAGUCACAUGUUUUGUCUUCUCAAUCAACCCAAUCCAAUGUAUCAGUUCAUCAAACACAUCUUCGAGAUGUUGAUGUUCGAGCAAUGUUUCAACGUUUGCAUACCGCUUAUAUUGCUUUGGUGUGUUCACCAUUUUAUAAGCCGGGAACACCUAUUCAACCAGAUAAAUUAUCAGCUGCAUAUCGAUUUGAUCAAUGUAUUUCUUCACUUUUAGCUACAAAUGCUAGUUCUGGUUAUUGUUCUACAUUUACUAAUCUAAUCGAUGAAAGCAAAACAUCUACUGGUGAUAGUAUAACAACAACAAAUAUAAUGUCUCCUAAAGCCUAAUAUUCAUCUGUAUAAUUUUUUACUUUACUUAAUAUAACUUGAAUUUUGUACUGUGAUGUG